CUCUCUCUCUCUCUCUCUCUUUCAAUGGAUCCAAGACUACAACAUGCUGCAGAAACAGGAAGCAUCAGUGACUUCUAUGCUCUAGUUGACGAGAAUCCUUACAUUCUUGAUAACAUCAAUGCCGUUCCAUUUGUCAACACUCCAUUCCACGUAGCUGCAGCUUCCGGAAACAUACCCUUCUCUACAGAAAUGCUGAAUCUGAAGCCAUCUUUUGCCACAAAGCUGAACACAAGCGGGUACAGUCCAUUGCAUCUUGCUGUAGAGAAAGAUCAUAGACAGUUUAUAACAUGGCUUCUCGGUAUUGAUCCUGAACUAUCUCGCGUUAAAGGGAGAGAAGGCAUCACGCCUUUCCAUCUCAUUGUGGUUAGAGGAGAUGAAAAUCUUGUGGUAGAAUGUCUCAUGUCUUGUCCUGAAUGUAUCCAAGAUGUGACUGUGAAUGGCCAUAACGCUCUUCACCUUGCUUUAACGAAUGGUAGAUUUGAAACUCUCCAAGUCCUCACUGGUUGGAUCCAAAGAAUGAGCCAAAGAUAUUCUGCUUCAACCGAGUCUGAUAUCUUGAAUAAAAAAGAUGUUUCUCACAACACGCCUUUGCAUCUUGCAGCAUAUAAGGAGGAUAAUCAGGCGGUAAAACUGUUACUAGCUUGUCAGCUAGUGAAGCCAAACGAAGUCAAUGAUGAUGGUUUAACGUUUCUUGAUAUCUUAAGACACCAAGGACAGAGUAGAGACUUGGAACUGGAACAAGCUGUCUUUAAAACCAGGUGCAAGGAGGCGACAUCUCUUCCAAAACUAGGCAAAGCAACUUCUGAUCACUUCAAGACACCAAUCACUUUCUGGUCUUAUUGCUCCACUGGCAUCAAACGCCUAAAGUCCGACACUUCAGAAGAAGGUAGAGCAGUCUUCUUAAUCAUAUGCACAUUGAUAAUCACAUCCACUUAUCAAACCGCCCUACAGCCUCCAGGAGGUUUACGCCAAUCAGAGGAAGGUGGUUCCGCGGUUAUGAAGCAGACAUUCUUCAUUGUACUAUGGGUUUCCAACACUAUAGGCUUCUGCUGCGCUCUACUUUACACGUUUUGUCUCUUACCAGUUAGUAGCUUGUUUACCACAUGGUUCUUUUGGAUUGGGGCGUCUCUUGGAGUCUCUUAUGCCCUUGCUAUGGCUGUAAUCUCACCACACCCAGUGUUGUUUAUCUGCGCAGCCUUCGCCUUGUACCUGCUCUUUCCUCUGUAUCUCUUUAUGGAAAUUUUCAUAGCACUGAGGCUGAGCCAUCUGAAGGCUACAGUGACUAGAAUGUUUGUAACAUUUAUUGAAACAGAGACAAUCAAAAGCUUAAAGACAGUUUUAUCAGAAACAUAA